ACAAUCCUCCGCUAAACGACGGAAAAAUAGAAUAGUUACAAACAACAUACAUUUACUUCACAAUUACAUGUCCAAAAAGUUCAUCCGUAGCUACCCCACCUUGGAACCAAAAAAAAUCCACAUUAAAAUCUUGGAGUUCUCAUAAAAUUCCCGUUUUAAAUAUGUUUAUUCUGUAAAUUUAUGAUGCGGGUAUUCAUAAUUAUCGCUCUUCCGAAUUUGGUUUAGUUGUAUUGAUCAUUUAGCUGCGGUUGUGGAGUCUGUGGUAGUGCGAGGUUGUUUUUGGUUUCAGUAAUGGCUGCUGCUAACGUUGGCUCCUCCUUUUCUUGUUUGUCUGCUGCUCUUUCCUCUCCAAUACGCACCAGAAGUCCUUUUCAGCUGACCUUAUCACGAGGAUUAUACAACAAUCAGCAACAUGAGGCUCAACUGCUAAGAUAUCCAAGAGGCAAGUCCUGCAAUUUCAUUCAUGGAAUACUGAACUCAAAAGGAAGGUCCCCAAAGUGGUGCAGUGUUCUCUUUGCAGUUUCUGAGGAGCAGCCGCAACAUGAUGGGAUAGAAUUAGUUGCAUCAGAGCAAGAAAACCUUUACCCCAGUGCUGAAGAUGUAUCUACUGCAAGCAAUUCAAAUUUCAUAUUUGAUGGUACUGGUGGAAAACCAGGUCUAAUAUCCUUUUAUAACCGUUCAUACAAAAUAGAGGAUAAGAUUCACGUGUCUAUCCCAGAGAAGAACCACAAUAGCCUGUUAUGGUUUAUUGGUCCGGCUGUACUUGUAGCCUCUUUUGUAUUUCCCUCUCUGUAUUUGCGUAGAAUGCUCUCAGCAAUAUUUGAGGACUCUUUGUUGACAGAUUUCCUCAUAUUGUUCUUCACGGAAGCUCUUUUCUAUUGCGGUGUUGCUGUGUUUCUUCUUCUAAUUGACCAUUUAAGAAGGCCUUCUAUACCAGAAUCUACUUCAAGUAAUAAGAGAACCCUGGCCCCACAUUUUGGACAACGAAUCUCAUCUGUUGCUGCUUUGGUACUUAGUCUUAUAAUUCCCAUGGUGACAAUGGGAUUGGUUUGGCCCUGGACUGGCCCUGCUGCAUCUGCUACUCUCGCACCGUACCUGGUUGGUAUAGUAGUCCAAUUUGCAUUUGAGCAGUAUGCAAGAUACAAGAAGUCACCAUCAUGGUCUGUUAUCCCAAUAGUCUUUCAAGUUUAUAGAUUACACCAACUGAACAGGGCUGCACAGCUGGUAACAGCUCUAUCAUUUACCGUAAGAGGAGCUGAGGUGACCUCUCAUAACUUGGCGAUAAACAACUCCCUAGGAACACUUCUAAAUGUCCUCCAGUGUCUAGGGGUUAUAUGCAUUUGGUCUCUAUCAAGCUUCCUUAUGAGAUUUUUCCCUUCACCUGCUUAUUCUUCUCAAUAAAGCAUCAAAUUUCCUUAUAUAACCAGUGAAACAACUUGCAUUUGAUCUUUCAAAUCCAAUCCAACUCUUGGUAGUUUUUUUUUUGCCAUGUUUAGCUAUUUUGAAAAGGCAAAUGGGUACUGAAGCAUUUUGACUUGUCCACAGCUAGUUACAAAGGUUUUCUCAGGAUUUUGUAUACCAAGAAAGAUACUAAAUGCAGGAAAGAAAUCAAAGUUGGUGACAUUCUUUUUUCCAUCUGCUUUCUUGCAAGUUAAUACCCAUUGUACAUAAAUUAUUUGUGCCACAGAUUGUUCAUGAUCCUGAAAGAUGAGCUUAAACUUUAUAUUGGGCAUUUCAAUAAAUUAUUUCCUGCUCAAGUUUGAUCUUUUCUGUAGUACAAACACUUUUGGUGA